AUGCCUGAGUUGGGCUCCAAGAUAAGCCUAAUAUCGAAAGCUGACAUUCGAUAUGAAGGUCGACUUUUCACCGUCGAUCCUCAAGAAUGUACCAUCGCUCUAGCUAGCGUGCGAUCAUUUGGGACAGAGGAUCGUGAAACGCAAUUUCCGGUAGCACCACAGAGUCAGGUGUACGACUACAUCUUGUUCAGAGGAUCGGACAUCAAGGAUAUUCGUGUGCUUAACAAUGUACCCUCCUUGCCAAACGAUCCUGCAAUCAUGCAGAUGUCUGUGCCUCCAUCCCUUGGGGGUGCAAGCAAUCAGGGACAAUAUGCAGGGCAGUUCAACCACCCAGUUGUGGGGCAAACACAAUAUCCUCAAUAUCAUCCGAUGUCAGGCUUCCCUGGGACGAUGCAUGCUCAGCUCAACAAGACUAGUGAGUUAUCACCACAAGCGCAAGCAUCGGUCGACUUGGGACCACAGCCCCAGCCAACAGCUGCUCCAAUAGGAUCUGGAAUGAUGCAUCAUGCCAACCAAGUGAAAGACCAAGGUCCAAUGUUCGAUUUGUUUGCGGGGGGACCUCAACAGAAUGCAUCACGGUCUGGAACACCAGCUGGUGGUCAUAGAAAAAGCCCUACUGCUGAUCAAGGCACUCAGGUGGGUUCGGUGGCGGGUGGUUCCGGGCAGCGCGAUAAUCGGAGGGGCGGUCCGCAGAAGGCUGGUCAGCAACGCGCGAGGCCUACUUCUCGUACUAGGCAGCGCCUGCCAAGCGGGGGCGCCGCACCCAAUGCUGUCACCACCCAGGCACAGUCCUCUGCAGUACCCCAACAACAGCAGCAGCAGCAGCAGCAGCAACAACAGCAACAACAGCAGUUGCAGCAGCAACAGCAUCAGCACCGCCAACCCGGUCAGGGCUACGGUCGCGGGGGCUGGAGGGGAAGGCCGCGCGGUCGCGGACGUGGAUUUGUUCCUCGCAACAAGAACACACUGAAGUUUGACAAUGACUAUGACUUUGAACAGGCCAAUACAGAGUUUGAGGAGCUGCGCAGUCAGCUCGCUAAGACAAAGAUCUCAGAUGGGGAGACCAAAGUGGAGUGUGACGUGCAGGGUGAAGUGGACAAAAAAGACGACUCGGGUAACGAGACUGGCGCUGGCGAGCCUGAAGUCGAUGAGGAUCCCUCUGGUUUCACUGGCUAUGACAAGAAUAAGAGCUUCUUUGAUAACAUCUCCUGUGAGGCUGUUGAGAGGUCGAAAGGGCGCAGCCAGCGAACCGAUUGGAGGACUGAGCGCAAGUUAAACUCUGAGACGUUCGGAGUUGCUUCCGCCCGCCGCGGCGCAUGGCGUGGCCGUGCUAACUGGCGGCACAAUCCACACAACCCCCACAACCCGCAUAAUGCCCACCACCAACCUAUGUCCUACUUCCCCAGCUGGCGGUCGAUGCGCGGCGCGCGUGGCCGCGGCAACAACAAUAUCCGGCAGCCGCGCGCCAACGGGGCGCCCUCCGCCUCCGCCGCCCACAACGCGCAGCCCGCCACGGCCGCCGCCAAG